AGGUGAAGAUGAGCAUCUUUGCCCAGAGAUGUCAGAUGUGCUCUGAGCCUCCAUUUGAGGUUCCAGAAUUCACGGAAGAGAACGUCUCAAGGAUCCUGAACAACCUGGUGUUCCGGAUUCUGAAGAAAUGCUACGGAGAAGGAUUUAAGUCCAUGGAGGAGAUUCCUACAAUCAAGGAAUCUCUCUUGAAAGGCCACAUGACACUGACAAUUGUGAGGCGUGUCUGCAGGGCUUCUGUUACUGCAGAAGGUUUCAUCCAUGGAGAGGAAACAGAAGUGCAUCUUUCAAAGAAGGAUCAGAACAAGGCUGGGAAAAGCUCGGAGGCUGUGACUGCCUCUUUACCCCUGGCCUCAGAAUACAACCCGGCCACGUCAGACCCACCCCUCCUGCCCCAGUUUCUACUUUGUUUUAUGUCUCACACAGCUCGGUGAUUCUCAGGAUGUGCUAGAAAGGGGGAAUCCCCCAGACCUUUUAUGCAAUGGGGCCCACGGUCCUGACGCCCUGAGAGGUCAGUGUUUGGGAGAGUUGAUGAAGCAUGACUGUAACCUCCCACAGCGUGACUCAUGACCCGGGACAGCUGGAAACAGGAGGUCCCUGCUGGAGCAGAGAAGCGCUUCUCCUCGGCUUUUUCGGUUGUUACUGCAAACGUGCAUGCUGUCCUGAGCUCAGCGGGGCUGUCUCGAAUGUGCUCAGAGGAUGGCUAAGUGGCGUACGUAACCCAAAGAGCACGUGAUGCUCAACUACAACCGCCCAUCUGUUUAACCCCCACUUCCUCAUCCUACAGAUGGGAAGGCGGUGCAGACCGUGGAAGGUAACUCAGUGUCUCCUGACUCCCAGGGAACUGUCCUUUCCACCUCUACCCCCCACUCAUGAUCCCAUUCAGGUGUCCACACCCCUUCCUGACUACUUGGGCACUGCAGUGGUGGCACCGUUCGAGGCAGGUGUGCACGGAAUCUCUGAUACUUGAAUGACUGGGCCACUUGCACACCUGCAGUCUAGCGCUUUGGGGAAUCUAUAGACGGAGGGGGAAUGUGUGAGCCCGAGGGGCCAACAGGACCAGUGCUGUCAGAAAGAACCCAGUGGAGCUGCGGGGGGACCCAGAGAAGCGCUGGGCCCGGCCCUGUGAGUAAGAGCCCAGCCUGGCCGCUCCUUCAAAAUCAGAACCCCUGCCCCUGGGACAGUUUGUGUGGCUCACGUCUCUCGUCCUUUCCCUCCGUAAACAGCACUGUCAGGCCCGGUGCCAAGUGCUGAGGAUCAGAGAUGCGCCUAGAGACAGUCCCUACCCUUAAGGAAUCUGUGGAAGGGACACGGAUGCAAGGGAACCGGCCACCCGAGCAACCAGGUCCCCACGCAGGAAAGAGGCCGAGGAGGAAAGGAGGGAGCCUGGAAGGAGGCCUCCUCUCCAAGGUGCUAUGCACACCCC